UUGACAGCCCCACAGAGAGCUCCUUUAUAUUUGUAUGUUUAUACAAUAAACCGCAGAAGUUAACCUCAGCAUUUAAUGAAAGGUUAAACUGUAUCAAUUAUUAAUAGCAUGAAAAAAGUCUACACGCGACCGACUUACCAUGCCGCGUCUUUAAAUGUACGAAGUAAACAAGGACUUUGAAAUCUCAUUAAUAUCGAUAUCUACUCCGCCUGUUGUUUUGUGAGAGGUGUGAAGAGAUUUACCCACAUCCAAGAUGCCAGGAAUCAAAAUACAUGAUGAAGAUCGAGAAAAAAUUCACUCAAGGUAUUUUUGUGGUUACUGUAAUCUUCUCGUGGUCAACCCAAUCCAAACCUCCUCUUGUGGACACUUGUUUUGUCAAGCUUGUUUUGACAUCCUGCUCGGAGGUCCUGAUCCAAAAUGUCCUGAAGAUCAAGAAAAAUUAAGCAAGAAAAACGCUUUCCCGGACAAUUUCAUAAAACGUGAGUUGAAAAGUAUUCGUUUACAUUGUCCCUCUGAAAAAUGCAAAUGGUUUGGUGCCUAUGAAGAAUUGGAGGGUCAUUCUCAAGUUUGUGAGCAUGCGCUCACCAGCUGUAUACAUAAACAAUGUAACAUUCAGUUACCUCGCUCUCUUCUUGAUGAACAUUUGAAGAAUGAAUGUGAAUAUCGAAAUGUGAAAUGUGAAUAUUGUGGUAAAGAUGUCCCGUAUGCUUCACUUAUGGAUCACAAAGAAAAUGUGUGUGAAAAUGCAUUCGUCACUUGUAAAUAUUGCAAUCAAAUGAUACCCAGGAAGGAUAUUGAGCACCAUGAAAGUACAAUUUGUGAUGAAGUGCCCACUGACUGUGAAUUUCAAGCUAUUGGAUGCAGACAUGACAAAACUUUAGAACGAAGGGAGAUCCGACAACAUAUGAACGACAACGUAAUUGAUCAUAUGAGCCUCUUACUACGAUAUGUACAACGUCCACAGUUUACCACUGCUGCUCAAAACUUGGGUGACCGAAUCACAGCUGUUCGUUCUAAUCCCUCAGAAAAAUUUGUGAUGCUAGCAGGAAAACUUACCGGCCUGGAAAGGAGGAUUGAGAGUCAGGAAAGGAGGAUUGAGAGUCAGGAAAGGAGGAUUGAGAGUCAGGAAAUGAGGAUUGAGAGUCAGGAAAUGAGGAUUGAGAGUCAGGAAAGGAGUAUUGAGAGUCGGGAAAGGAGGAUUGAGAGUCAGGAAAGGAGGAUUGAGAGUCAGGAAAGGAGGAUUGAGAGUCAGGAAAGGAGUAUUGAAAGUCAGGAAAGGAUGAUUGAGAGUCAGGAAAGGAGGAUUGAGAGUCAGGAAAGGAGUAUUGAUAGUCUGGAAAGGAGGAUUGAGAAUCUUGAGAAUCGUGGUGAGGAAAAUCGAAUAGCUUCCCUUGAGCGUCAGGCUACUGCUAUUUCCACAAUUUCACAAAGGAUGUGGGAGAGUUUGGAUGAGAGGGGUGACUUGCCGGAAGAACCGCAUAAUGCUCGCGAACUUUGAUCUUAUGAUCCAAACUCAUCUACAUAACUUUUUACUGUUUUGCUGUUGUGUCUGCUUGAAGUGCCCUUCUAGACCAAGAUUAUUUCAGAUCAGUGGACGAUCUGGAAUAAUCUCGACGGAUAAGCGGAGUGGCCGGACCGAUAAGGGUGUCUAAUUGCUCUCGUGUAAUUGGUUCGUUUAAGGUUUUAUCUUACUGUGUGAUCGGUUUGACCGAUUUCGACUGAUAGCUAACUGAGGUAACAUUGUCAUGCUUACUGUCUGAGUUAGUGCUGCCAGAUCGUGAACACAUUUCACAGAUUUGUGAACUUUUCUAAAUAUUACGAAUUUUUGUAUUUUCAUCAUUUUCAUAAAGAAUGUAUAAAGUAAA